AUGUCGGGAGUUGAACUUGACCUUAUUUGUCCAGAAAUCGAUGUUGAUGAUUUUUCAUCAGUAUCAAAAACACAUCAUCAUGAGAGCAACUCUGUCGAAGAAGCUCAAACAUUAGAAAAUAACGACGAAAUAACACCAACUGAAUUAAUAAAUGUCAAUAACCUUGAAACUCAAAUAUCAAACGAAAACAUCGUUACAAUAGCCGAUUAUUAUCCGAAUGAAGAAUCUGUUGAUUCACAAUCAAAUCAGAUGUCAACUGGUAUCACCAAAGAAAAUGAACAAUAUAAGUCAACGUCAGUGAAUUCAAUACAAACUCCGACUGAAGUACAACCAGUACCAAUUAUGGAUGAAAAAGAUAAGGCUGCUUUACAAAGUAUAUUGGAUGAUACUGUGUAUUUUCUAAUCAAAAGUGGCAAUGACGAAAAUGUUUCUUUAGCCAAAGCUAAAGGUGUAUGGUCAACGCCACCUGCCAAUGAAAAUAAACUUAAUCGAGCAUUUCGACAACAUCGCAAUGUGAUUUUAAUUUUCUCAGUGGCUGAAAGCAAAGCAUUUCAAGGUUUCGCUCGUAUGUCAGGUGAAGCUCGUCAUGAUAGUCAACCAAUUAAUUGGGUAUUACCACCGGGCAUGAGUAAUCGAGCAUUUUCUGGUGUUAUUCAUAUUGAUUGGAUUUCUCGACGAAGUUUACCAUUUAAUCAAACUCUACAUUUAUUCAAUCCAUGGAAUGAAAAUAAACCUGUUAAAAUUGGACGUGAUGGACAGGAAAUUGAACCACGUUGCGGUGAAGCUUUAUGUCGUUUAUUUCCACCUGAUCCAACCAUUGAUUUAGUGUCAAUUUCAAGAAAAGCCGAAAAGCACAAGCCAUCUCGAUCGCCAUUAUCAAUCAAUCCUUCGAAACAUAUAAAUCAUCGUUCGUCCACUUCUAUUGAUCGGCAUAGACGUCAUCGGUCAAGAAGUCGAGAUCGUAACAGUAAAGAACCACAUCGUAAACGACGACAUCAAUCAACAUCAUCACAUUCAGAUCAUGGUACUCAACGUAGUCCAACUCGAAAACGUUCACAUCGUAGUAACGAAGAUGUACCGUUACCUAAUAAUGUUGAUAGAAGAAUGUCACAUAUAAUGGCUAGUGGAACCUAUGAAGAUUAUGUAAAAUACAUGCUUGAAUCUCAAGCACAAUAUACUGGAUAUGUACCACCUAUGUUUCCAUCAGCGCCCUAUCCAAUGGUCUACGAUCCAACUGGUCUUUAUACAAUGGGAUAUGAUUCUCAUAGUAUGCAUAGUGCAGCUACGUAUACAGAACCUAUGAAUGUGUAUUUACCUCAGCCAUCCUCAUCCAUAUCUCAUAAUACAACUGAAUACGAACAAGAAAUCAAUGCAUUUCUUCGUCACACAACAUCAUCACAUAAAGAAAACGAUAAUGGAAAUCGAGCACAUCGACCACAUCAUCAUCAUCAUCGUAGAUCAUCAUCUCGGCACCGUUCCAAAUCGCGUGAAUAUCGUCAUUAA